UUUGAGCUCCCUCCGCGGGACUUGUGCGGCCUGCACUUCAGUCCCAUCACGGGACGAGGGGGGUCACCGGAGGUCUGCACGGGCCUGGGAGGGCGAGAGUCAGAGGGAAAUCUGGCCCGAACCCACCAGGCUAGGCGGCAGCCGCCCCAGGCCUUUAGAACUGGUCCCAGGGGGCGAGGGCGUGGAUGCCAACUGGACCCACUGAGAUAUGGUGGCCAGAGCAGGAUCCACAACCUGAAUGGCGUGGACAGUACCUGAUGCUCUGGAGACCAUGAGAUCUGGUACCGAGAGGUGAAAUCGAGGCAGCAGCGCAGGAGCGGGGAUGGAUGGACUCCUGGUCACCGCCGUCUCCCGGGGCUCUGAGUUGGGAGAAGCCUGGAUACGUGAAGGUCACUUCAAGGAGCAAGAGGAAAACCAGGAAGGCAGUUUGAAGCCAGGGGCCCAUGAGGAAGACUCCUCUGGGGACAGUGCCCCAGACAGUGAUGCACAGGGAAAGAGCGCAAAGGAUGCAGCAACCAGGGCCCCCGGGGAACCUUGGAAGUGUGAGGACUGUGGCAAGGCCUUCCGCUACUGCUCCGCGUUCACCCUGCACCGCAGGACGCACACCGGGGAAAAGCCAUUUGCGUGCCCAGAGUGUGGGCGCUCCUUCAGCCAGCGCGUGCACCUGACCCUGCACCGGCGCGUGCACACUGGCGAGCGGCCGCACACCUGCGACAAGUGCGGCAAGGCCUUCAGCCAGGGCUCCUACCUGGUGACGCACUGGCGCACGCACACAGGCGAGCGGCCGCACGCGUGUCCUGACUGUGGCAAGGCCUUCGUGCGCCCCUCGCACCUGGCACAGCACCGGCUCGUGCACACAGGCGAGCGGCCCUUCUCCUGUGGCCAGUGUGCAAAGGCCUUCCGCAGCCGCGCGGCCCUGCUCGAGCACCAGUGCGUGCACACCGGAGAGAAGCCGUUUGCCUGCGCCCAGUGCCCCAAGGCCUUCCGCUUCUCCUCUGCGUUGCUGCGCCACCGGCGCACACACACGACCCAGCCGCCCUACGCCUGCGGCCAGUGCGCCAAAGCCUUCACACAGGUGGCGCACCUGGCGCAGCACCGGCGAGUGCACACCGGUGAGAAGCCCUACACUUGCUCUGAGUGCGGUGCGCCCUUCAGCCAGAGUGCCUCGCUGGCCGACCACCGGCGCAUCCACACGGGUGAGAAGCCUUUUGUGUGCACACAGUGUGGCAAGGCCUUCACGCAGGUGUCGCACCUGAGUCAGCACCGACGUGUGCACACGGGCGAGCGGCCCUAUCAGUGCGGGGACUGCGGCCGCGCCUUCAGCAACCGCUCGCACCUGGCGCAGCACCACCUGGUGCACACCGGCGCCAGGCCCUACAGGUGCCUGGAGUGCGGAUCCGCCUUCAGCCACGUGUCCUCCCUCCUCGAGCACCAGAAGAUUCACACGGGCGAGAAGCCCUUCCGGUGCGGGGACUGAGGCAAGGCCUUCAGCCAGGGAUCUACACUCACGCUGCACCAGCGCAUACACACGGGGGAGCGGCCCUACACAUGCCCGGAGUGCGGCAAGGCCUUCCGCAACCGCGCCUACCUCAUCCAGCACCAUAUUGUACACACCGGGGAGCGGCCCUAUGAGUGCUGCGGCUGUGGCAGGGCCUUCAGCUUCUCCUCUGCCCUCAUCCGGCACCAGAGGACGCACACGGACAAGAAGCGCCCCCCAGCGCAGCCUGUUCAGGGAUAGCACUGCCCAGCCGCCACACCUGACUGGAUGCCUGCACUCUCCCGGGAACGGGAAGCCUGUUAGCAGUAGUGACCCUGCAAAAACCUCCGAGGACCAGCAGAAUAAGAGCUGAGGGUUCACGGGGCCUCCCGGACCAGGCACUGUGGUGAGCGUGUUUACGCCUGAUUUUCCACCCCAUGGCACUGGGGGUAGAUGCCGUCUUAGCCCUGUGCUGCCUGUGAGGACUCCGAGGCUCAGAGAACCUUCAGUGACUUGCCCAGGGUCACGCAGGGAGGAUGUCACAAGGCUGGGACUGCACCCUUCCCUGACCCCUCCUCCCCACCAACUCUCCAGUUAUAAACAUCACCCACCAAAGCAGACCCAAAUAAGUAUCUGUGGGUCUCUGGCUGGCCUUAUAAUUGUUGAAUUCAUGAUGCCGCAGGCAUUUGUUCAGUAAAUUCAUGAAAGGUUCAUGCUCUUUGGUGAGGGCCUGGGAGGAGGGAGUGUGCCUUGUUUACUUCCAGCAUCUGCUGGACAGGCCUGGCACACAAUAUUUCCUCAGGAAGCACUGGGUGACUGAACGAACAGUUGUACAUCCCAGCACCGGCCUUGAAAUCGUUCAGAGGAGGGGAUGACAUGCUGUACUUGCUGUGUAUAAUGCGCUCCAUUGUGUAAUGUGCACCCACAUUUUUGUGCGCAUUAUACACAGGAUGAUUAUGCCUGUGAUAUGAAUCAUUAUACCCACAUAUAACGUGCAUCUUUAUUUUUCCCUCAAAAAUUUGAGCAAAAAAGUGCACAUUAUAUACAGCAAAAUAUGGUAGUUGCUUCCUCCUAUGUACCCUAGAUAUCACCCAUCCCAGGCCUCGGCACACAGUAGGUCCUGUCCUCAGUAGAUAUAAAUUUAAUAGGCCAGUUAAAUGAGUGAAUAGUAGGCCAGCAUCCUCAGUACCACCCCUGAAUCCCCUUUGACAGACACCACACAUUCUGGUUCUUUCCUGUGACUCAAACUUGGUCGAGCCCGGGCCUCCACACAUAGUAGGUCCUCCAGAAGUGCUGGGGGCACUGAAUAAAUAUUUAUACAUCCCAGCAUCAGCCUUGGAGUCGUUCAGGGGUGGGGACGACGCAGUCAUUUCCUCCCUAUGCCACAGACUUGGCCCAGCUCGAGCCUCAGGAGAUAUAAAUUAACAGGUCAAGGCCCCAGGUGGUGUGACUCUGUUGGUUGGGCAUUGGUCUGCAAACAUAAAAGUUGCUGGUUCGAUUCCC